CAUUUUGAAGGUCAGGUCUCUGUAGAGUUUUCACUUUCAAAUAUUUUGAACAUCAAGUUAUAACGUAUUUUGUUUAAAUCAAGCUUUGGCCUUUGUGUUGUGUUCUUAAAAAAUAGAUGUGCAAUGUCGGUGCCCAAUUCUAAUAUUUCAGUAAAAAGAGAAAGCAUGAUGGAGGCCCCUGCAUAUUUUUUCAGAGACGUGAGGAAAAAUAUAGAUGUGCAACGUCGGUGCCCAAUUCUAAUACUUCAGUAAAAAGAGAAAGCAUGAUGGAGGCCCCUCCCAAUUCUAAUACUUCAGUAAAAAGAGAAAGCAUGAUGGAGAGACGUGAGGAAAAAUAUAGAUGUGCAACGUCGGUGCCCAAUUCUAAUACUUCAGUAAAAAGAGAAAGCAUGAUGGAGGCCCCUCCCAAUUCUAAUACUUCAGUAAAAAGAGAAAGCAUGAUGGAGGCCCCUCCCAAUUCUAAUACUUCAGUAAAAAGAGAAAGCAUGAUGGAGAGACGUGAGGAAAAAAAUAGAUGUGCAACGUUGGUGCCCAAUUCUAAUACUUCAGUAAAAAGAGAAAGCAUGAUGGAGGCCCCUCCCAAUUCUAAUACUUCAGUAAAAAGAGAAAGCAUGAUGGAGAGACGUGAGGAACAAUUGACUAAAGAGUUGCUAGCUAUUCGUAAAGUCAAUGAAAAUCUUCGCACCUAUUUAGAAAAUAUUCUUAAAUUUAAAAAAAACUUGAAAGUUGUGAAUGAAAAUUUCAAACAACUAGGUAAAGUGAAUAAAGAGUUGCUAGAUUUAACAUCUAAAUUUCAACAAGAUUAGAAUAUGAAUCAAUUGUUAACUUAGUGAUCUCAAUUUUCACAGCUGUAUCCUCACCUAUCUAUUGACGCAGAUGAGAAAGAGUUCUCAUCUGCGUCAAUAGAUCUCUGUCUAUAUGCGCAAUGAAAACUUCCUCUUGUAAAUCCAAACAUUUUUAUUGUAAAAGCAAAUCCACUUUUCUAGAAGAAAGAUCCAGAGUUAUACUUAGUGCUAAGUUUUUGUAAAUAUGAUCACAAAUUUUACCAUAAGAAUAUAUCUCAGUCAACACAUUUAACUUACCGAGUUGAAGACAGAUAAAAUGUAUUAAUAUGCAUUCAUAUUUAUACCACUAGUCCAAGUUUAUUUAAGCAAGGCAACUGAGCUAUCUUGGUUUGAAUAUUUAUUUAUGAAUGCCAUUCACAUCCAACAUACCAACAAAUUUGUGAUUGUAAAAAAAAGAUAAGAAACCUCUUUGUGUCUUUGGUGGCCAAUUGUAAAUAUCUGCAUGGGAUUUAUAGGAAUUUUUACACAUUAAUUCAAUACAGUUGUUAUACCCAAACUUGGCGUGACACUAUGCUAUAGCCAUAUCAAUUUUGUACUAAAUUAUGCUUUCAAUUCAAGGGAUUUAGAUUUAAAGUUGCUACAGCCAAGAUUGUGAAUAAAAUCCACUAUACACAUUUAAUUUUUUUUGUAACAGAUAUAAUAAUAAUUAUUCUUUUUUUGCAAGAAUAUAGUGUAGGUACAAUAACACAUGGUACAACCUGUUCUUCUAAAUUCAAAUUAUGUAUAAUUUUUACAGUCUUUUUUAACUUUGUCAUCACAUUAUUAAACUACUUAUCAAAGUUAUAUAAAUUACAAUUUUCAUUAACAAAGUAGUAUGUUUUUGCCAAAAGUUAGUCCAUUUCUAAAGGCUCUAAUAUGGAAGGGUUAUAGGGCUUUUACUAAAUGAAUUUAAGUUUUAGUUGCAAUACAAAGGGUUUCUUUUAAAUAGUGGUUAUCAGAUAGACACUCAAAAUCUUUUUACUUUACUAAAAAUUAGUACCCCCUCACUAAAAUAGCAAAUUAAACAUAAAACAUUUUCCCUUAUAGAACCUAAUCUUCACAAUCCAUUAUCCAAUAGGUCCUCAUACUUUUGUGACUGCAAAUUUAUCUCCCCUACCAAUUCUUUAACCAUAACUAUAAGAGACAGAGAAUUAAGUUAAAACAGAAAAAAAUUACCAAAAAAUUGAAGAUAUUUAAAUUGUACUUGUCGGGUUCUAGUUGUAUGCAAUGUUGAAUUAGCACAAUGCAUGGCGCAGGUUAAGUUAGUGAGUUACACCAUUUAGCGCAAUUUUGUUAUAUUCACGUCGUAUAAGUGUUAUUGUAAAUAAAACUAUAAAUUAUUAA